GGAGCGGGCGGGCGAGGCAGAGGCCAGGCCAGGGGGGAUGCGGCUGCCGCAGCCGCAGCGAUCGGGGCUCCCGGCGCUCGGUCCGAUGAGGGAGGCUGGGGCAGGGACCCCGCUGCGGGGCGGGAGGUGUAGGCAGGCGCACAGAUAUAUGCUUUCAAGUUGGCGGGCGGCGGGAUAGAGGGGCUGCGCGCAGCUGCUGAGUGCGCGCCGAGAGCGAUUCGGGUCCCUGGUUCCCCCCAAACCUGGUACCCGGUGCGCGGGCAGGGUUGAGCAAAUCACGAAGCGGAGCAGUUUCCUCCGAGAAAGUUGAGGAUGGAGCCCUUAUGUCCUCACCGUGCCCGCGGUACGAUGGUCCUGAGAGUGCCGCCCGAAGCCUCCGGAGUGGAGGAGCUGAGUGGGUCGCGGCGCCCCUGGGCAGAGCUCCUCCAACCCCGGCUGAAAUCUACGAAACACCCAGAUCUUCGCUUCCCUGGCGUCGUCUAGGAAAACCAUUCUUGCCAAAACUGAGGAAACUUAUUGUGCACCCUCCUCCCUUGUUCUACAAUGAGUGCCAAGGCUGCCAUCAGCAAGGAAAUUUUUGCACCUCUUGAUGAAAGGAUGCUGGGAGCUGUCCAAGUCAAGAGGAGGACAAAGAAAAAGAUUCCUUUCUUGGCAACUGGGGGUCAAGUGACAAACAAGAAACCUACACAGGCGUCCAUUACGAAAGUCAAACAGUUUGAAGGCUCCACGUCGUUUGUGCGGAGAUCACAGUGGAUGCUCGAGCAGCUUCGCCAGGUUAAUGGCAUCGAUCCUAAUCGGGAUUCUGCAGAGUUUGACUUGUUGUUUGAAAAUGCUUUUGACCAGUGGGUAGCCAGCACAGCCUCAGAAAAAUGCACCUUCUUCCAGAUCCUCCACCACACCUGCCAGAGGUACCUCACGGACAGGAAGCCGGAGUUUAUUAACUGCCAAUCUAAAAUCAUGGGAGGAAACAGCAUCCUCCAUUCAGCGGCCGAUAGCGUGUCCAGUGCCGUGCAGAAAGCGAGCCAGGCCUUGAACGAGCGUGGGGAGCGGUUAGGCCGAGCAGAGGAGAAGACCGAGGACUUAAAGAACAGCGCCCAGCAGUUUGCAGAAACUGCACACAAGCUUGCCAUGAAGCACAAAUGUUGAGGAACUCCCUAUCCUGGUGACCCUCUGAAGAGAAAUGGAAGCGUUUGUUCAGCAGUUUUUACAAGAAUUCCGGACCUCCACUUGCUUCUUUUUUUCCAAUAAUAUGUGGACAUUUAGGGGUUUUGUUUUUCUUUUGAAGAUGUUAAUAUGAAAAAAAAAAAGAGGUUGUGUUUAUACAUUUCCCUAAUGAUCUUGCUAAGAAUGCUGCAAUAGCAACAGUUUCAUUUUGGUUUUGUUUUUCUCCACUGUGUGUAUGUGUGUGUAUGUGUUUUCCCUUUUUUAAACUUUUUUUUUUUUUGUGGUAGUUUGAAUGUGAAAUUUGGACUAAAUGAUAUAUUGAGCUGGGGCUAAACUGGCAUCAUGUAUUUUUUCCCUGAUAUUAAACAGGAAGACAUUUUAAAAUGGUGACAUCAGAUGUUAUUGUUCCUGGAUGGAAAUAAAAGUCAAGCCAUGAUUGGUUUCA